GAAUAAAAGAAGCUUUUAACAAAAGCAACCCAUAAAUGAAGCAAAGAAUCCAACCACUAGUGCAUAUUUAUGUGCUUUAAUCAUCCAUUUUGCUCACCAUUGAAUGCCUCUUCGCCUUCCUCUUUAACUGGUGACAAAGUGGAGAAUCUCCCUCAGAUUUCACCUUCUUUCAUUUGCUACAAAACCAUGGCCAAUGUAGUGAAGCUGAAAGUGAAUUUGCACUGUGAGGAAUGCAUAAGGAAAAUCCUGAAGGCCAUCAAGAGGAUAGAAGAUAUUGAAACAUACAACGUAGAUACUCAGCUCAACAAGGUCAGAGUCACCGGAAAUGUCACCACAGAGGAAGUCAUCAGAGUUCUUCAGAAGAUUCGAAAGACAGCAAGUCUUUGGGAUGGAGAUGAAAACAUACGCUUGAACUAAUUCGAAGAAUCAUGUUACAGGCACAUUAAGCUCCAAGAGAUCAUGCAUGAUAACUACCCACUUCUUUAGCCAGAGACAACACAGAUUCACCAAGAACAAAGCAGACUCUGCUUCUUCUGCAUCAUUAUCCCAUGAAACAGCUACCGUUUGUAUUGCAAGUAAAAGGAUUUUACUUUC